AUGUCACUGACGAGCAACUGGCUGCUUAUCUGCCGUCGGUAUCUGGGCGAGUUGGAGCUAAAAUACGCCCUUGCCAAGGUCUACCGCCAUUUCGAUAUCACUGCCGGCGAGAAAUUUGAGGCAAGCCUGCAGUAUUUCGGAUGGAUCACCGUUUCUCCGAAGAGUGUGACGCUCAAAGUACAGAAGCGGGCCGGCGUUGAACUUACCCCGAUCGACCCGACGGCUGCCCCUCAAAAUGCCCCAGCGGACCCUGAAGCUGACCCGGUGGACCCUCAAGCCGCCUCA